AAGCCCCUCUCCUCUCUCUCUCUCUCUCUCUCUCUUUGCACUGCCAUAGGUCAAACCAACCCAGCUUGCUGCAUACCCUUUUUCUUCCCCCACCUAAUAAAAAAAAAAGAAAACCACUGUGAAUUCCUAAAAUGGUUUCUGAAAACAGGGUUAACAAAAAGCACCUUGCAUCACUACGCUUUCAAGUAUUCUAGGAGUUAUCAAAAAACAUAAGGGGUUGAAGGUAGCCUAGCUAUUAGGAAAAUAGGGUACCUCACUCCCUCUCUCUCUCUACUAUUCUUUUACCCUCCUUCCUGUUGCGUUAUCUCCACCGUUUUCCAUCAAUUCAACACUCUCUCUCCCUUCAACAACAGUUCAAAGUUCAAACCCUGCCGAAAUCUGAUCAAACACCAAAGCCAUUUUUCUUUUCUCUCUUACACUUUCCAUGCUUUCCACUCCUCACAGAUCUUCUUCUUAUUCCUCUUCUUCCUUCUCUUCAAUCUCCACACGCCCUCAACGACCCAACAAGCAAAUUCACUGAAAAAAAAAAAAAAAAAAAAACCCUUCACUGGCCUCACAAACUAGAUCCAACAACAGCAUCUCUCACAGAUCAUGAACUCCUUUCAAGAAUUCGACCCCUCAGCAAACACGGACAUGAAGGGCAUCAGCCUCACAGAAGGCACCACCUCCAAUUUCCCUUCACCGGCACCACCCUCAUCGCCGCCGUCUUCCUCCGCCACUCUGAGCCGCUACGAGAACCAGAAGCGGCGCGACUGGAACACGUUCGGACAGUACCUGAGGAACCACAGACCCCCUCUUUCGCUCUCACGCUGCAGCGGCGCACACGUGCUGGAAUUCCUUCGGUACCUCGACCAGUUCGGGAAAACCAAGGUUCACACUCAGCUUUGUCCCUUCUUCGGGCACCCUAACCCACCUGCACCAUGCCCUUGCCCUCUACGCCAAGCAUGGGGCAGCCUCGACGCUCUCAUAGGUCGCCUCAGAGCUGCUUUCGAAGAAAAUGGAGGCAAACCUGACGCUAACCCUUUCGGUGCUCGUGCUGUCAGACUCUACCUUCGUGAAGUGCGUGAUUCACAAGCCAAGGCUCGAGGAAUCAGCUACGAGAAGAAGAAGCGCAAGCGUCCCCAACAACACCCUCCUCCCUCAAAUAAUGCAAGUUAAAGUUGUGAUUUGACAAUGGGCUGGGGCACUGCAAUAUGGGGACACCCUUUGCAAUUGCAUUAUAGGAGGUAUUGUGUAAACCUAAACAGCAGUACUCUUGGUAGAUGCAGCAGUAAUUUAAGUAGUAGUGGCAGUAAAAGAGACUGUGGAGGGCUGUGCGUGUGUGUGUCUGGGACAGUCAGACCAAUAUUACAACAUCGUCCAAUUUGUAUUAAUAAAAUAAAAUGUGUAUGUAUGUAAUGUACUCUUCUUGAACAUGUUCGUGACGAUCGAAAAUAAAGGGUUUCAAGAUCGUGUUAGUUUCCAUAUAUGUAUAUACCUUCAUUUAUUGGAUGCGGUAAAGUGCAGUUUGUUCUA